UGCACUUUGUACAGAGAGUAGCGUCUGAGAUCGAUUGAAUAGCUUUUUUCCCGAGAGUCUUUCCCAAGAGAGUCGAUCCUCGUCAGCCACACAAGAACCCCUUACCUACCCUUCGCUCUUUUUGGGUCAACCCUCUACAAGAGAAAGCAAAAACAAAAGGAAAUCACUUCUUUUUCUCUUCAAGGGUAUCCUCUUUCAAGAUGUCCACCCAAGUCAUCUCCAGGAACCCCUUCGACUUGCUCGGAGACGACGGUGAGACCCCUCGACAGGUCGCCGCUCCCAAGGCCGCCCCCGCCGCUGCCCCCAAGGCUGCCCGAGAGGUCCCUGGCUCCAAGACCCCCGCCAACAACUCUAACAACAACAAGACCGACUCUGCCAACCGUGGAGGUCGAGCUGGGUACUACAACCGUGGAGGACCCAGGAACGUCUUGAAAGGCGAGGGAAAGACUAAGCCUGCCACCGAUGCCGAGGUUACCACCGUCGACCCCGAGUCGGGUUUCGAGGGCGAGCGAAGAGCCCCUGGCAAGAACGAGCGAGGACAAGCUCGUCCCCGUGGACACGGUGAGGGUUCCGGCCGAGGCCGUGCUACCCGAACCCGAGGCCGAGGCCAAGCCCCCGGUGCCGGUUACCAGGGUGGAGAGAGGCGAAACGACGGACGUCGAUCCGCUCACGCCCUUCCCGACACUGAGAAGAGGGUCGCUUCCGGUUGGGGAGCCGAGGACGGUGCUGCCGAAUUGACCGCCGAGGUCGAGGGUGCCACUGACGCUACCAAGGAAGCCGCCGAGCCCCAGACUCCCUCCGGUUGGGAAGUCUCUGCCGAGGCUACCCCUGCCGCCGCUGAGCAGGAGGCCGAGAAGAAGCCCGAAGAGGAGGAGGACAACACCAAGUCUUACGAAGAGUACCUCGCCGAGCGACAAGCCGCCAAGGACGCCAAGUUGGGCAAGUUGGAGGGACGACAGGUCGACGGAACCAGCGAGUUUGUCGGAAGCGUCUUCCAGAAGCAGGAGGAGGAGUUCUUCUCCGGUGCCAAGAAGGAAAAGGCCGCCGCUGCCAAGAAGGAGAAGGAGAGGAAGGAAAAGGUCUUCCUCGAGGUCGAGGGCAAGUUUGCUCCCCCCUCGCGAGGCGAGCCCCGAGAGGGUGGCCGUGGAGGUCGAGGUGGUCGAGGUGGAUUCCGAGGUGAUCGUGGAUCCGACCGAGCUCCCCGAGGUGGUGCUUCCCGAGGUGGACGAGGCGGUGCCCGUAACAACGCUUCGAGCGCCCCCGCCGUCGCCGUCAACGACGAGUCGGCCUUCCCCGCUUUGGGUGCUUGAGCGUAACGCUCUCGUACCCGGCCGUUCCCUCUGCAUCAAGCAUGGGACGAGCCAAAUACCCGGGUUUCGUGUUUGUCUCGAAGUGUCGGGGAGAAUCCUCAAAAAAAAAA